GGGAAAGCGAGUUUGAAGGUGGGUUCGCCGGGGCGGCGGGCGCGGCCUCCCCGUCCUCGGACGCUGCGGCGAGCGGUCAUGUCGGAGGCGUAUUUCCCGGUGGAGUCGGGCGCCCUGGGACCCGAGAACUUCCUGUCUUUGGACGACAUCCUAAUGUCGCAGGAGAAGCUGCCGGUGCGCGUGGAGACGCCCAUGCCGCGCCUGGGCGCCUUCUUCCUGGAGCGCGGCGCGGGCGCCGAGGCGGACUACGCGCUCCCUCAGGGCACAAAACUUGAGCUUCCCUUGUGGCUGGCCAAAGGACUCUUCGACAAUAAGCGGCGCAUCCUUUCUGUGGAAAUUCCCAAGAUAUACCAAGAGGGAUGGAGGACUGUGUUCAGUGCAGAUGCUAAUGUCGUGGACCUCCACAAAAUGGGGCCCCAUUUCUAUGGUUUUGGCUCCCAACUUCUCCAUUUUGACAGUCCAGAGAGUGCAGAUAUCUCCCAGUCUCUGCUGCAGACUUUUACUGGACGGUUCCGCCGCAUCAUGGACUCCUCCCAGAAUUCUUACAAUGAAGACACUUCAGCACUGGUAGCCAGACUAGAUGAGACAGAGAGAGGCUUAUUUCAAACAGGGCAGAAAGGGCUGAAUGACUUUCAGAGUUGGGAAAAGGGUCAGGCUUCUCAGAUCACAGCAUCCAACCUCGUUCAGAAUUAUAAGAAGAGAAAAUUCACUAAUAUGGAAGACUGAAAGUGAAAAUGAAAUGCAGCGUGUGGAUUUAUCUCUGUGUCCCUGGUAAAAUCUAGUUAAUUUCAUGGGUGACCCAACUCUGUCCUGCUUCAGCACUUCCCUUCAGCAGUCUCCGAGCUUGGAACUGUUUGGUUGGGGGCAGAUGUGGAUGUUGUUGAUCCUGGACUUUAGUUACCUGCUGCUCCACAGCAUCUGCCUUUUGACCCAAGAAUGCAGCUGAGGAGGAGCCAGAGUCAUCUUAAGUAAGGGUCAUGGACAUAUACAUAGUCAAGUUGGAACUGGGUUCCUCGGGUGUCUGAUCUCAUUGGCUGCAAAGGACAAGUACAAAGUGGGCCAUCUCUGCCUGUUCGCAAAUUUCUCUUAAACUUAUUUGCCUUACCUUCCUGAUGGUUGGACAAAGGACAGCAUCCCUACCAUGCCGUCUGCCUGCUGGGACUUACUCCAAUUUCCAAAACAGGAAGUUGGGAAGAAAAGGGAAAGUCAUGAGUGGCAUAGCAGAAGGAGAAGACAUUGAGCUCUUGUGUCCUGUAAUCAGGGCUUUUGAACUAAAAUCACAUCCCUCCAGUCCCCCCAGAAGAGCCAUAUAGAGCACUGGCACACUUGUUCUGUUCUCUGUCUAGAAAAGCUGUCAAGGAGGGGUUAGGGCUUGAAAAGUAGUUAUUUAAGAGUGUUUCCCAGCCUUUGUAAUCUUUGCAUCAGGGGCUUAGCCUAGCUGAAAAACAACCUGCCAAGUGUUAGUGGGGAAUAUUCCUUUACAAUUUUUUUUCUCGAGGAAAUACUGCAACCUUAAUGUGAAGAGGACCCCUGACUGCUUACUAGGAAUCUGUUUAAAGUUGCACCAGAGAGAUGAGUUCUCCAGACCCUAGACUGUCACUGUCAAAAACCUCAUUUCCUAAGGCUAUUUGGAUUGUCUAGUAGGUAGUUUCUCCACACCACUGGCCACCCCUGGCAUCCUAUAGCUACUGGAAAAUAUCUUCAAUGUAAAUAUGGAAGGAUUUGGGUGUCCAGAUUUAAAGUGACAGAGAUGCAUUUAAAUGCCUGUCUUAGCACAAAAAUGUUUUUAUCAUUUGACUUCAUUCUAAAUAAAUGAUGGGCUUUGCA